AUGAGUGUGGUCGGUUUUGAUUUUGGGAACGAGAGCUGUGUAGUUGCUGUUGCCAGGCAAAGAGGAAUUGAUGUCGUACUUAAUGACGAAUCCAAGCGUGAAACCCCUGCAAUUGUAUGCUUUGGCGACAAGCAGCGGUUCCUUGGAACUGCUGGAGCUGCUUCGAGCAUGAUGAACCCUAAGAACACAAUAUCUCAGAUCAAGCGUCUGAUUGGGCGGCGUUUUUCAGAUCCUGAGCUGCAGCGUGAUCUCAAAUCGCUGCCAUUUUCUGUAAGUGAGGGGCCUGAUGGAUACCCGUUGAUACAUGCUCGAUAUCUGGGGGAAACCAAGACGUUCACGCCAACGCAGCUUCUGGGAAUGGUGCUUUCCAAUUUGAAGAGCAUUGCUGAAAAGAAUUUGAAUGCGGCUGUUGUUGAUUGCUGUAUAGGGAUCCCUGUGUACUUCACUGAUCUCCAAAGGAGAGCAGUAAUUGAUGCCGCAACAAUUGCUGGCCUGCAUCCCCUUCAUCUGAUUCACGAGACAACAGCUACUGCUUUGGCCUAUGGUAUUUAUAAAACUGAUCUACCCGAAAAUGAACCCAUGAAUGUCGCAUUUGUCGAUGUUGGUCAUGCUAGCAUGCAGGUGUGUAUUGCUGCCUUCAAGAAAGGCCAGCUGAAGAUAUUGUCGCAUUCUUAUGACCGGUCUUUGGGUGGAAGGGAUUUUGAUGAGGUGCUUUUCCAGCAUUUUGCUGCGAAGUUUAAGGACGAGUAUAAGAUUGAUGUAUACCAGAAUGCGAGGGCUUGCUUGAGGCUGCGUGCCGCAUGUGAGAAAUUGAAGAAGGUUCUCAGCGCAAAUCCUGAGGCGCCCCUGAACAUCGAGUGCUUGAUGGACGAGAAGGAUGUUCGGGGCUUUAUUAAAAGAGAUGAGUUUGAGGAGAUUAGCAUUCCCAUUCUGGAACGCGUGAAGAGGCCAUUGGAGAAGGCUCUUGCUGAGGCUGGUCUUACUACUGAGCACAUACAUUCUGUUGAAGUCGUUGGUUCAGGUUCAAGGGUUCCUGCUAUUAUCAAGAUAUUGACUGAGUUCUUCGGUAAGGAGCCUAGGCGGACAAUGAAUGCAAGUGAAUGUGUGGCCAAAGGCAGUGCUCUGCAGUGUGCUAUUCUUAGUCCCACAUUUAAAGUGAGAGAUUUUCAGGUUAACGAGAGUUUCCCAUUCCCCAUUGCUUUGUCAUGGAAGGGUUCUUCUGCUGAAGCACAAAAUGGGGUGGGAGAAAACCAGCAGAGCACUACCGUAUUCCCCAAGGGUAAUCCGAUCCCUAGUGUCAAGGCUUUGACAUUCUACCGAUCUGGGACCUUCUCUGUAGAUGUACACUAUGCUGAUGUCAGCGAAUUGCAGGCACCCGCCGAGAUUAGUACUUACACGAUUGGACCUUUCCAGUCGACAAAGGGUGAAAAGGCAAAACUUAAAGUCAAAGUCCGCCUGAAUCUUCAUGGCAUUGUAUCUAUUGAGUCAGCUAUGCUCAUGGAAGAGGAGGAAGUAGAAGUUCCAGUUGCUAAAGAGCCGAAGGAGGCUACAAAGAUGGAAACUGAUGAGACCUCUUCAGCUCCUCCGAGCACUGCUGAAACCGAUGUUAAUAUGCAAGAUGCUAAAACUGAUGGUGCAGCUGAAAAUGGUGUGCCUGAAUCGGGAGACAAAUCAGCUCAGAUGGAAACAGAUGUCAAGGUUGAAGCUCCAAAGAAAAAGGUUAAAAAAACCAACGUGCCUGUAUCAGAGACUAUAUAUGGUGGAAUGGCAGCUCCAGAUGUACAAAAAGCUGUCGAGAAGGAGUUUGAAAUGGCUUUGCAGGACCGCGUUAUGGAGGAAACCAAGGACAAGAAGAAUGCUGUUGAGGCCUACGUUUAUGACAUGCGUAAUAAGCUUCAUGACAAGUAUCACGAGUUUGUAACCGAAUCUGAUAAAGAGCAGCUUAUUGCUAGACUUCAGGAGGUGGAAGAUUGGUUAUAUGAGGAUGGAGAAGAUGAAACGAAGGGGGUCUAUAUUGCUAAAUUGGAUGAGCUCAAGAAGCAAGGUGACCCUAUAGAGGAACGGUUCAAGGAGCAUUCAGAGAGGGGAAUGGUGAUUGACCAACUCGCCUAUUGCAUCAAUAGUUACAGAGAAGCUGCUAUGUCGAGCGAUCCUAAGUUCGAUCAUAUCGAUCAUGCUGAGAAGCAAAAGGUCCUGAAUGAAUGUGUGGAGGCUGAAGGUUGGCUGAGGGAGAAAAAACAGCACCAGGAUACCCUUCCGAAGUAUGCCACACCAGUUCUAUUGUCUGGCGACGUUAGGAAGAAGGCCGAAGCUCUCGACAGGUUUUGCAGGCCAAUCAUGACUAAGCCGAAGCCCGCAAAGCCAGCCAGUCCCGAGCCACCAGCCCAAGCUGGUGAGUCUAACUCUCAAGGAACAGACAAUGCCAGCCCGGCCCACAAUGCCAGCCCAGACAAUGCUGCAGAAUCAGACAACCCGGCUUCGACAGAACCCAUGGAGACAGACAAAGCUGAGUCCACACCAACUUCUUAA